CUCUCUUCUUCUUCGCGGCAAGUAGAUAGACGUUAAAAAAAGGGCAAUUGCCCGAAUUUACGAAUUAAAGUUUCGAACUUACGCAGAACCUUGCGAGACAGAAUUUUUUUGCAAACUGCAAAAUGAUGGUUGAAGUGUUGAACGUUCCGAAGCAAAUUACGAUGACGUCAGUCGAGCCAACCAAUCAGGCCUCAUAGGUCUCUGAUCGAGGUAACCUCGUCACCGCGUAUAUCAAUCUUGCUCAAGGGCUGCAUUUUUGUCACGCAACAGCUGAUAUCCUCAAGUAAUUAAAAAGCUAAUUUUUGGUCAUAUUUACCGCCGUAACGUUUAUUCUACCUGUGAUAAAAUAAAAUGACAAAUUUAAGCAUGUAUCAAGUUCGAUGAAAUUCUUUUAGCCGAAACGCUGUUAUCUAAGGGAUCAAAGCUCAAGGAUGGGUAACGCAGGCAGCCAUGCUCCUGGACAUCAUAGUAGUAGUGUAGUACGAGAAGGUCAUCACAGACAUGGGAAGGAUCAUCCACCUUCCUCCCCUGGAAAAGAUGGGCAAGCUUUUAUUUUUGAUAAAAAGCCAAGUCAAAAGCUAGUUUUUCAAUCGUCUCACGACGAGGAAGAGCCUUAUUACACCAAGGUUGGUCAAGGAGAUGGGGACAACUUCGGAGCUGGGCGUCCUCGUUCAAAUACAGUGUCUGAGGGCACCAAAGUUUCAGAUAGCAAAGUAUUACCAACUGUGUUCAAAUGGGAAGGAGGUGGCAAACAAGUAUAUAUCAGUGGAACUUUCACGGAAUGGAAAACAUUACCAAUGGUCAAGAGCCACGGAGAUUUUGUAACGAUCAUCGAUUUGCCCGAGGGUGAACAUCAGUACAAAUUCUAUGUAGACGGAGAAUGGAGACAUGAUCCAGGACUGAAAAUCGUUGACAACGGUUUGGGAUCAAAGAAUAACCUUGUCUCGGUGAAACAAUCAGAUUUCGAAGUCUUCCAAGCACUGGCAAAAGACAGCGAAGGAAUAAUCAGCAGUGCUCAGACAGAAUACAGUCAAGAGAUUCCACCAAAUAAGCCUUGGGAAAAAGUUGCUGGUCCUCCAGUCUUGCCACCGCACUUAUUGCAAGUUAUUUUGAACAAGGACACUCCCAUGUCUUGUGAACCAACGCUUCUACCUGAGCCAAACCACGUUAUGUUGAAUCACCUUUAUGCUUUGAGCAUCAAAGAUAGUGUGAUGGUUCUUUCGGCCACCCAUCGUUACCGCAAAAAAUACGUUACAACUCUACUCUACAAACCUAUAUAAUAUUUCUUUUCUUUCUCAUUCCUCUGUAAAAAGAUUGCUAUAGUUUCGUUUCAUUAAAGUAUGUUAGUUUCUGUCAAGAAAUACUUAUAAAAGAUUUUUCGCUUACCUGUCAAAUAACAGAAUAUUAGUGAUUAUCCAUAAUGACAUUUGAUUAAAAUGAUUGCCCUCAAUCCUCUUUAGCUUAUAGUCUAUUGUACCUUACGUAUCUGUUGAGUAUUGUAACUAUUAUUUAUUAAAAUCAAAAAUUUCUCAAAUUGUUCUCGUCGAUGAUGUAAUACUUACGUCGAUCUUGUAAAAUUUGUGAAUUAAUAUUGAAGUAUGAAGAAUGGUGCAUUCUUUUAUUGUACAGUAAUGUAAGAAUAUUAUGGGAAAUGUAUCGACUAUUGAUAAACAAAAAAGAAUCGCGAGAAAAAAAUAAAUAAAAAAAAAUAAAAUUAACAGAACAUUAA